AGAGAAAGUAGACAAACCAUCAAAUUCAAAUGGAAAAUAGUUCAUGCCGAGUAAUGUUCUUUUUGCUGUCAAUUCUUCUGUCUGUUUCGUGGACAACAUUAGGUUCAGUUCACGAAACUCUUUUCCAGUGUCUUCUUAACCAUUCCGAGCCAUCUCAACCAAUCUCUUCGGCCAUCUACGCUCCUGACAAUUCUUCCUAUUCAUCUGUCCUACAAUCUUACAUUAGAAACCUUCGAUUUAACACGUCCACGACCCCAAAACCACUGCUUAUUCUCACAGCCUUGAAUGAGUCUCACAUACAAGCAGCCGUAAUCUGCUCUAAAAAGCAUGGCCUACAGAUGAAAAUCCGAAGCGGAGGUCAUGACUAUGAGGGCAUCUCCUACGUCUCUCAGAAUCCAUUCUUCAUUCUAGACAUGUUCAAUCUUCGACGUAUUAGAGUCGAUAUUGAAACCGAAACAGCAUGGGUUCAGACUGGCGCAACUCUCGGUGAAGUUUACUAUCGAAUCGCAGAGAAAAGCAAUACUCAUGGCUUCCCAGCAGGGGUUUGUCCAACAGUUGGAGUCGGUGGCCAUUUUAGUGGCGGUGGAUAUGGCAACAUGAUGAGAAAAUACGGCCUUUCGGUGGAUAAUAUUGUCGACGCACAAUUAGUUGACGUUCACGGUCGACUUCUCAACCGAGAAGCUAUGGGCGAGGAUCUAUUCUGGGCCAUAAGAGGAGGAGGGGGGGCUAGUUUCGGAGUCGUUCUCUCGUAUAAAAUUAAGCUGGUUCGUGUUCCGGCGACCGUAACUGUUUUCCGUGUCGAAAGGACUCUGGAACAAAAUGCAACCGACCUUGUGUAUCGGUGGCAGCAAGUUGCAGAUAAGCUGGAUAAAAACCUCUUCAUAAGGCUUAUCAUGGACGUCGUCAAUGGCACCCGAAGUGGAGACAAGACCAUAAGAGCUUCUUUCCUCACAUUGUUCCUUGGAAGCUCUGAAAGGCUUCUCAACGUGAUGAAUCUCAGCUUCCCUGAGCUGGGUUUAAAGGCCUCAGAUUGUAUUGAAAUGAGCUGGGUUGACUCAGUCCUUUAUUGGACAAACUUCCCACUUAAUACAUCGGCCAAUGUUUUGUUGGACAGGACUCCCCAAACUCUAACUUUCCUAAAGAGGAAAUCUGACUAUAUGAAAAAACCUAUUCCAAAGAAUGGUUUAGAAUGGUUAUGGAAGAGAAUGAUCGAACUAGAGGCACCGGUGUUGACGUUCAAUCCAUACGGUGGAAGAAUGAGCGAGAUUUUGCCAUCUGAAACGCCAUUCCCGCAUCGAGCUGGGAAUUUAUGUAAGAUUCAGUACGCUACCAACUGGAAUGAAGAAGGGAUUGAGGCCACAAACAGAUAUAUAAAUUUAACGAGGAAGCUGUACAGUUACAUGACACCCUUUGUGUCAAAGGCCCCAAGGGAGGCAUUCCUCAACUAUAGAGAUCUUGAUUUGGGCAUCAACCACAAUGGCGACAACAGCUACGAGGAAGGAAGAGUUUACGGGAUCAAGUAUUUCAAGGGUAAUUUCAACAGAUUGGUUAAAAUUAAGACCGAAGUUGAUCCUAGUAAUUUCUUCAGAAACGAGCAAAGCAUUCCAACUCUUCCCGAAUAGAUAAAGUAAAUCGAGAUUAGUUGGGUUGCUAUAUAGGUUUUCUUUACUGCUGUUUGCUUGCAUGUAGAUUCAAGAAUAAAGGCCUGCUUGGCUGAAGAAGGGUGGAAGGAAUUGAAGCCCGUAUUGUUUGUGUACAAAAUGUUAUCUUUAUUGUGCUUGCAUAAAUUACAUUAUUAG